ACAAGCCCAGCCACGCCUCGAAUAUCUUCCACUCUAGAUUCAAGUGGAGAAAAUCAUUCUAUAAGGCAGAGAGAGUCUGAUCCUAGUUAGUUCAGCAAAUCGUACUGCUUUAAAAUCUUCUAAGGUAAGUCUUUUACAUAUGCUUGGAUGUAUAUAUGUUAUGAGCCGUAACUAAAUUGUACAUGUCCUUUUCUUGUUACACUGCUUGCAGUUCUGUUAAUCUUCCCUUUGGGCCUGUUAUCUUAACUUCAAGCACCAAACUUUACGUUUAAUGUUUUGUAUAUCAUUACUGAUUUAAACAUUGGUAGAGCUUCAGCUUAGCAAAGCAAGUUUUCUUCAUUGCAUUCAAUUGCAUAAUAGAUUAGCAAUAUGUUAUUUUAUUUUUUUUAAAUGUUACUCUUUUCUUUUGGGGACAGUCUGAUUUACACAGGAUGAAUGGUCUCUGCACUCUCCAAGAAAACUCUGGCUUAUUUUGCCUGAUAGUUUUCCUGUCUCCCCUGCCCACCUCCUCCCCACCCCUAAAACAAAUGGCUACAACUACAUGGAUAAUUUUACAUGGGUAAUUUUCUUACUAAGACAGAUAUUAUCAUUUUUAUUUAAUAACAGAAUUUCACUUGUUCUUGUCACAUAUGGAUGUGAAUAUAAAAUCUUCAGUUAUAUGCUCUUUUAAUCCAGUGGUAUUAUAUACACAUAUGUAUCAGUAAGGUUCAUUCUGUUGUAUGUGAUGCAUCAGCCACAGUUGAGCUCCGCUGACCUAAACUGUUUCCACAAAUGACAUACAAAUUCUCCCAGGCAUUUAAGCAAGUAGCCUUUUGUAUUCAUGCAGGAUUUUUGUGACUCUGGAGGUGGGGCUAAACAUGCUUCUGCAGCCAGACAGGAUCAUGUUCUCCUUUAGUUCAGUACAGUGGUACCUCGGGUUACAUACGCUUCAGGUUACAGACUCCACUAACCCAGAAAUAGUACCUCGGGUUAAGAACUUUGCUUCAGGAUGAGAACAGAAAUCGUGCUCUGGCGGCGCAGCAGCAGCAGGAGACCCCAUUAGCUAAAGUGGUGCUUCAGGUUAAGAGCAGUUUUGGGUUAAGAACGGACCUCCGGAUCGAAUUAAGUACUUAACCCGAGGUACCAUGGUAAUUCCUGAAUAGUAUGGUCAAGAUUCAGCUUCAGUUUACUUCUCUGCAUGCUAGCUUUUGUGCAUUGAGCUAUUUGCAGGAGAUCAGGUGAGCACAGACCCUGGUUCUUUGGCAGGGUUAAGCUUAUUACACAUUAUGUCCAGCAGUUGGACAGUGGAAUGUCUCUCUCCAUUUGCUUCCCCCAAAUCCGCGCCAGAGGGCUCCCCAACCCUGUGGAGCAGAUUUUGAGGAGGACCUGGAGAAGAGGAGGAGGAGGAAGUUCCCUUGCACAAGGAAAAGUUUUGCACCACUGUAAUAGUAAGCAAAGUCCUAGAAUUGUGCUCUAGAAAAAGAAAAAAUCCUGACAAGUUAAAGUACUUAAUUUUUACUUAGGGAGCAAUUCUUUACUUUUGGUAAUGUUUGUCUUCCCGGCUUUUAAAUAAUUAAAAUAGCCCUAUCUUGCUUAAACAGAGAACAGCAUGCUCGAGUAAUAUAUUGUAGUUUGUAGCCUCUUAUUUCAAAGUAGCCUGUGAGAGGCAUUUAAUAAUCACAUCCCACUCUUUUGUGGAACACUGAUAAAGGUGGAAAUGCAUUUCCAAUGUAGUGAAACACCAUGAGACAUUAUUAAUGCAGUGUCACUGCAAAACUGAUAUUUAGCACCCCCAUAUGCUUAACUGGAAUUUAUUGUUGCUUAGUCGGUAACAGCACAAUCAUAUAAUGCCUAUUCCUAAGGAUGCCUACUCAGAAUUAAGUCCCAUUGAGUUCAAUGGGGCCUACUUGCAGAUAAACAAGUAUAGGAUUGCAAACUCAGGUGCGCUCAGUAGCACGGAGUUCCUUCCAUCAGCUUCAGCUGGUGGCCCAGCUGUGCCCCAUUUGGCCAUGGAUAGUGUAAGUAUUGUUCAUCUAUGCUCUGGUAACCUGUAGGUUAGAUUACUGCAGUGUGUUGUACAUAGGGCUGCCUCUGAAGACAGUUUGGAAGCUUCAGCUGGUGGAGAAUUCAGCAGCCAGAUUGCUCACCAAGACCAAACAAGAUCUGAUGUACAUCCCCUGUUGUCUCUCCCCCUCCCCCUUUGCUAAAAGGAGCCACAGGUAGAAGAUUGGGGCAGUGGCACAAUGAAACCCUUUGCAAAAGCAUGCCUCUGCCAGGAUAUAAGAGUUUUUUUCAGAGAAGGGGCAUGUCCCAAGUGCUUGUGAAUAUCUCCACAGUUAUGGCUGGGGGUAGGCCCCAAAAUUGGGCAUUUUGUAGGUGGAGCAGGGUUGGGACAGAGGACUUGCUGGAUCCAUUGUGGGAGUCAUAAAGCCACGGCAAAGGCUUGUAAUAUUGCAGGGUGCCCCCUGACCUCGGCUGACCAGCACUCUGAGCUUUACAAUGUAUUGGAAUGUAUUGACCUUAAAUGGAGUUGUGUUUCCUCUGGGCAGUGAUGACCCUAUAUGGUGAUGGGUGUAAUAAAAGCCUUGACCGGAUGAGGUAACGUGAGACAUUGGCAAACGGCCAUGCGGCUGGAGAGAGACAAGGGAUAAUAAAAAAGCUACGGGAGGAGAGAGAAGUUCGAAAGGAGCUGCUCAUACCAUCCUGAAAAUAUUGCUGGCUCUCUGUGUCUUUAUUUUAUGCUAAACUGCGCCAUUUGUAACGGCUGGCUCCGACAAGUGGUGCCCCGUGUGAGGCUGAAUAAAAGAAUACGUCUGAGGCUUUUAAAAGAAAACCGUGUGAGGCAACUUAAAGAAAACAGUCUGAGGCAGACUAAGAGGAUUUUAAAAGAAAACCGUGUGAGGUUCUUCAAUUCACACAAUGGCAAUCAUCGACUCACUACGCCCCGCAAGGGUUGCAAAGCACUAAUCAUCUUAAAAAGAUCCCGGUGAGUUCAAUCUCUUUUUUCUAUCUUGAUUUUAGAAAAAUGGGCAGCUCUUUGUCUACUCCCCAACAGAAAUUUUUAAAAGACUUAAAAUUUCUCCUCUCCUCCAACAAAUUGGAAGUUCGGGAGGGUGAUUUGAUACAGCUCAUUCUGGCCAUCGAAGAGCAUUCCCCCUGGUUUCCUGCAGAUGGGACUUGGGAAUUAAAACUUUGGGACAAGAUUGGGGCACAUUUUCAUGGGCACCCCAGCAUUGGUCUUCGGAUUCUAAAUGCAUGGUGCAAGGUUCGUUACGCCAUGGGCUCUUUAUCACCAAAAAAUAUCUCCAUGGCUGCAUUGCCAACACAACCUUCAGCUUCUUUAAUUCAGCCUGCUGUGCUGCCAUCUGUUCCAGCACUCGCCUUGCCAGCAGCCCCAGACCCCAAACCUUCAGACUACAGUUCCUCACCAGAGGACCCAAUGCUGCAAAAAUACCGUGGUCUGGCUGGCAAUGAUCCUAAUCUUUCAGCGGCAGAACCAGCUACCCCUUUUCAACGUGCAGUCCUUGCCUGUUCCUUAAUUCAGGAUACUAUGGCAUUCCCUGUUAUUGUGCCCCCUGCUGGUGCCCAACACCAACCUUUUGACUUUAAGAUUUUGAAAGAGCUGCAACAGUCAGUAAAGGCCAAUGGACUCCAAGCCCCAUAUACGCAGGCGCUUUUAGAAGCCACAUUAGCCCAGCUCUUGGUUCCAGAGGACAUCAAGCUUUUGGCCCAUACAGUGUUACCCCCAUCGGCUGGUGUUUUGUUUGCCCACGAAUGGGAAACUGCCUGCCGUGCUUAUGCUCCUGCCUUGUUACAACAAGUCAGAGGAAAUAAUCCAAAUGUUACCCUUGCAGACGUCAUAGAUGCCAUGAUGGGGCGUGGUCCCUUCGCUCAAGCUUCAGUGCAAGCCACACUGCUGCAAAUCUUAUUGAGGGACACUGCUCUUGCUGCUAAACAAGCAAUGAGAAAAAUCCCAGAACCCACCAGUAUUCAAUCAAGGUGGGGUUCAAUCAGGCAAGAGGCAAGAGAAUCAUAUUCUUCCUUUAUGGACAGGCUGCUUACAGCAGUGAGUCACCAAAUUGAAAAUCCUGAAGCCAAACAAAUAAUUAUCAAACAAUUGGCCUUUGAAAAUGCCAAUGAGGAUUGUAAGGUUGCGUUACGACCGAUAAUACACAAUCCUGCCACAGACACAGCAGCCAUGCUUCGCAUUUGUCAGUCUGUAGGUACAGCCACCCACAAGGCUCAUCUGCUGGCAGCAGCGCUAAAUGAAAACCAGCUUGUAGCCACCGAUACAACUUGUUUCCAGUGUGGCAAACCAGGAUCACCGAUACCCCAGUGGGGGUAGAACAGUGGCCUCUACCAAAAGAAAAAUCCGCAGCAGCGGCACCAGCUAUCUCUGACCAGCUUAUUUCUGAACAAUUGACUUUCGGCCACAUUGAACCAUCUUCAUCCCACUGGCUCCAGCAGACAGGGAACGGUUUGCUUUUACAUUGCCAGCAUAUCACAGUUCGCAGCCCACCCAGCGAUAUCAGUGGGUUGUCCUGCCUCAAGGCAUGCGGAACUCCCCUACACUUUGUCAACAUUUUGUGGGUGAAGCAUUGAAACCUUUCCGCAUGCGCCACCUAGAGGUGCUGCACACGAGCUGCAUCUGGCAGUGUUUGCCUUCCUAACCAUUUGCCUUGCCAUCCUUUGCUGCACCGUUAUACAAGGAAGAGAAGCAGACGACCCUGUCCAGUUGAAACCACCAUAUUUCACCUCAUCGGCUGGCAAGCAGCUGUCGCCAGAAUUCUACUCUGGCUGGCAGUAUCCACAGCUCAGCCACUUUCGAACUAGAAGAACAGCGUUGUUGAAUAAGACUUUUAGGGGAGAAAAUUAUCAUAAGUUAUGGAGGGAUAAUAUUUUUGUACAAGAUAUGAUUAUGUUUGCCAGUUUAUUGCAUGCUUCUAAAUGUUGGGUGUGUAUGCCAGUCAUUCAGGCAUAAUGCUUCAUGGUGUGCCUGUCAAUGGAUCUUUUCAAUUUACUAAUAUUAUGUCCCCUAAGCAAACUUUUUGGCCUCCAGUACAAUUGACCCUCCAUGAGCCUGCCCCAUUUGUUUUCAAAUUAAAGAGGGGAAAGAAUCAUGGGGCAUAUAUCCAAACUGUCAAUAUACAUUGAAUUUCACUUUUAAUAGCUCUUGUUCUCUUACAGUAACAUACAGUGACCAAUCUCAGUGCUAUAGGAGUGACACCAGUGCAUGGCUAAUAAACUAGAAAGGAAGCCUACCAUGCAGCUUGGAAUCAGAAUUCUUAUAUUCUUGGCUUCCAGAUGGAAGUUGGCUUCGACAUUUAUUGAUUUUAGUGAUCAUUAUAGUAGUUAUUUGCAUUAUUUUGUGUUGCUGUAUACAAUGUAUUCCUUCUUUAAUUUCUAUAUGUACUGCAUGGUUCUCCAGUCCGCGGCCCGCUUCUGGUGUCACAAGAGUCGCUUAUCGCGCUCGAUAUAACCAUAUUGGUACUGACAUAUAUGACUCUGAUUAAUAAAAUAAAGAAAGAGGGCAUGUGGGAGUCAUAAAGCCACAGCAAAGGCUUGUAAUAUUGCAGGGUGCCCCCUGACCUCGGCUGACCAGCACUCUGAGCUUUACAAUGUAUUGGAAUGUAUUGACCUUAAAUGGAGUUGUGUUUCCUCUGGGCAGUGAUUGUUGAUUUAAGCAGAGUCUCGUGCCCAGCGGAAGGAUGAGGAAUACGUGAUACAUACUCUAUAUAGCUUUAUUUACAGUUCAAAGCUGGUAUAUUACAGAAAGACAUCUUGCCUUUGCCGGAGCAGAAAAAUGCAUCCUCUCUCCUCGACAGCUCGGAGAGAAUCACACAGUGAAAAACAGGAAACCAGUGUACGUCACAUCCAGUCUCCUUUCCCGUGAGAAACUCCAACAGUACAGACUGUGGAAUGUAAACACCUGUCUCGUGACAAGCAGAGCUGCACAGUGAAGGAAAGCAGAAACUAACAUCCUCCCCUUUCUGUGAACAUCACUGGGCAGCGUGUUUGCACAAUAUCAGUACAAACCCAACUUCUGCACAUAGGUACAGUGUUGAUCCCUCGAUACAAUCUUGGACAAUACAUCAGCAGGAAUUUCAUUACCUGGCAUAUAGGACACCGUUACGAGUCCCUUCUGAAUACAUUCCCUAGCAUGCUGCAACUUUAAUUGUAAGUGCUUUGUGCUUUGCUUACAACCUUCAGACUUCAGCAAAGCCAAACAUGCUUUGUUGUCCUGGUAAACCUGGAUUGGACAUUUGACAGGAAUUUUCAUAUCUUUGUACAAUUGUACUAACCAUUCACAAUCCUUAAGUGAAUAAGACAGUGCAUUCAGUUCGGCUUCACAAGUACUUAAGCUAACUGUUGUUUGCUUCUUGCAUGACCAAUCAAACAGACUCUGAUUGUACAUAUAGCAAACUCCAGACGUACCUUUCCUGUCUGUAGCGUCACUUCCAAAACUUGCAUCUGCAAAUAUCUCAAGACCACCAGACUUCUGAUUGUUAAAUCUCAGUCUGUAAUGCAUAGUGCCUUUCAAAUACCGCGCUAUGCGUUUCAGAGCUUUCCAAUCCUUGACACUAGGAUUGUUGACUUGUCUGCUUAGCAAAUUACAGCUAACAGCAAUGUCUGGUCUUGAACAUCUGGCAAUGAAGUUUAGCUUGCCUAGCACACUCCUGUACAGUGUAGUGUCAGAAAAUGCUUCUUCAGUGUCAUCUACCUGAUAACCUGUUGUCAUCGGUGUGUCUACAGGGUUAGCAUCCAUCAGAUUUAGUUUGCUUAACACAUCAGCAAUUUUCCGUGACUGGUGUACUAGAAUGUUACCAUCUUGAUCUCUCUCUAUUUCCAGAGAUAGGUAGUUGUUUACCUCACCAAGAUCUUUCAUGUCAAAGUGCUCUUUCAGUUGAGCUAGGGCGCUAUUGUACAUUGCAACAUCUUUCCAAAAGAAUAAUAAAUCAUCAACAUAAAACAAACAGUACAGUUUCUUUUGCCCCUCCUCUUUGACAAAUACACAUGGAUCAGCUUUCCCUUGCUGAAAACCUAGAGAAAACAAUACUUCAGUGAGUUUUGUGUGCCAACACCGUGCACUUUGUUUGAGACCAUAAAGGGAUUUCUUCAGAGCACAAACAAAUCCCUGUUUAACCUGUACGCCAUCAGGUGGAAGCAUAUAAAGUGAUUCAUCUAGAGAUCCGUACAGAAAAGCUGUAUUAAUAUCAUGGUGACUAAUGUGUAGAUUUUCCUCUGCAGCUAGCUUGAGCAUAAGCCUAAUGCUUUCAUAUCUCACUGUGGGUGAAUAGGUCUCGUGAUAGUCUUGACCUGGUACCUGUGCAAAACCUCUGGCUACCAAUCUGGCUUUGUGUCUGACUAUCUUGCCAUUUUGAUCUGUCUUCGCUUUGAAGACCCAUUUGCUUCCAAGCAGUUUCAUUCCUGGAACUACUGGAACUAGCUCCCAUGUUUUGUUCCUUUCUAAGGAAUCAAGCUCAGCCUUCAUGGCAUUUAACCAUGGCUCAGCUUCCUUUGAAUCCAAACCCUGGAUUUCUUGGAAACUUGAAGGUUCAAAUACCUUCUUGGAGCUUUUAACAGCUGUUACUGCUAUCUUAGCAAACUCAUCAGCAAAUCUCUUUGGAGGUUUGCCUUUGUGGCUCUCUGUGACCUACGAAUUAGCCUUAAGUCUUCAACACUCUCCUCUUCCUUCUUAGGAGAAAAACGACCUAUUGUGAACAAUGGUUCCUCCAAUUCUUGAUCAGAGCUUUCAGAGGGUCGCAUAGAGGCUUUCGCACUCUUGAAAUCCUCUGAAUCACCCGAUUCAGUUUCAGAUUCAGACUCAGAACCUUCAUCAGUGGGUGUGGGCUGUUGUGGUUGCUUUUGACUAUCCUCAGUCUCAUCACCGUCAUCAGGAUAACAUUGGAAAAUUCCCACAUUCUCCCCCACUUUGCAUUGUACUCAACACUUCUCGUGAGCUUAAUUGUCUUAGAGUCAGUCAUCAUUAUUCUGUAAGACCCUUUCUGAUAACCUAGAAAGAUACCAUGCAAUCCACGCUUGUCUAACUUGGAGUUUUGUGGUGAGCGAACCCACAUGUCAGAACCAAAAAUCUUCAUGUGUUUGAUGUAUGGCUUCUUGCCAAACAUCUUCUCAUAGGGGGUACAACCAAUCGCUGAAGAUAAUCUGCGAUUGUAACUGUAAACAAAACACGAGAGAGAUUCGGCCCAAUAACUCUCUGGAAGAUUGGCAUCAUGCAGCAAGGUUUUUAAGCCUUGAAGCAAUGUCUGAUUUGCCCGUUCCGCAAGUCCAUUCUGCCAUGGCGAGCGAGGACUAGACAAAUCGUGUUGAAUUCCUUUCUCAGUCAGAAAAGCUUCAAACUGCUGAGAAGUGAAUUCCCCGCGAUCACUGAAAAGAGUCUUUAUCUUCUUACCAUGCACAUUUUCCAACCAAGCACAGAAUUCCUUGAACCUAGGAAAAGCCUCCGAUUUCUGCUUGAGAUUGUACACAAAAAUAUAUCUAGAAAAUGCAUCAAUGAGAACCAUGAAGUAUCUAUUUCCACCCAAAGAGGGCGCUAGUGGUCCAACCAAAUCAGCAUGAACAACCUGGUAUGGUUCUGUAGCUUUCCUACUAGACACCUUACCUUUCGCAGCCAUUUUCACCUUGUUUGCUGCGCAUGCUUUGCACUUCAUGUGGUACCUGCAGGGUUUAAUAGUCAUACCUUCAACCAAGGCAGGCAUUUUAGAUACUGCCUCAAAAUGCAAAUGACCAAAUUUUCGAUGAAAAUCGUGAAUACAUUCUGCAUGCAAACUUUUGUUAGAACCUGCAAUGCAACAAGUGUCAUCCUGCACCACAUCAUCAUAAUACAAAACAAACAAAUGAUCAACAUAUUCUGCAUGCAAUACAUAAUCAUUUUUCUUUGUGAUGAUGCACUUCUUGUUCUUGAAGGAAACGUCAAUGUUCCGCUCAUUCAGCUGUCCAACGCUGAGCAGAUUAUGUUUGGCGUCUGGCACGUAAAGCACAUUCUGUAUCGAUAAGUCCAAACUGUGAAGAACAACAGUUCCGUAGCCUUUACUGGGAAUAGUGUGGUCAUCCGCCUGGUGAAUCGCACCUUCCUGCGGUGUAAAAGACACAAACAGUCUCUUAUCGUUGCACAUGUGGUGGGUGGCCGCUGAAUCAACAACGAAGAAAGAUCUAGACGUCUUCUGGACCUCUGCAACCUUUGGAGUGAAGCGUGAAACCAUAGCCUUGUGCUGCGUUGUCCUAGACACCGGACCUUUGCCUUUGCCUCGGCCUUUUCCGCGCGAUGAGCUUUCGCUACGCUGCUCUGUCUUGGCCCUGGGAUGUCUGCAUUCCCUCUUCAUAUGGCCUAGACGUCCACACGAGUAGCAUUUCACUGCCUUCAAAGCUUUAGCGCCAUCUGGUGGUUCCACUGCACUAUGGGAUGACGUCUGUGAAGACUCCCCCUUGCCCAUGCAGCUAGCACCCCGGCGAUCUGCUUCAUUUAAAAUCACGGCAGUAACAAAGUCCACUGUCAGCUGAGCAGUUGGUUGCACAGCAAUCUGGGUUGCAACAGACUCCCAACCUGAACCCAAAGAUUGUAGUAUCAUGAAAGAAUACACAGCCUCUGGAAAGUUGAGUCCUCUCUGUUGCAGCUCAUGUCUCAGAUUUUGCAUCUUCAUCAGAUGUAAACGCACAUCUCCACCUUCAGCAAGAGCCAUAUUAUGCAGCUUGUUAAAGUAAAACAUAGUGGAUCCAGCUUCUGUCCUUAAGUGAGCCUCUCUCAGAGCGUCCCAAAUUUCUCUGGCUGAGGUCUUAUCACGCAAUAGACAGAGCUCCUCUGGGGAUACUAUCAAUGUAAGAGUUCCCCUUGCUUUGGAAUCCUUAGCUUCCCAUGCAUCUGUAACUGGAACUGGGGGGGUUCCUGUAAUCACCUCAAACAAACCCUCUUUCCGCAGAAUUGCCUCUGCAUACUGAACCCAGUCGCUGUAAUUUUUCUUGUUGAGCUUAGGAAUCCCACAAGCAUCCUGAAGGGCCAUCAUGACUCUAGCAUUAGCCUUCAGCGUCAUAUAUAUGCUGCUUUAAAUCUUGCUGCGUCACUGCUGCAGCUGCCUUAUUACAAAGGCGCACUUAAAAGUUACUUUCGAUUUCCCCAGCAUAGUGACUUGUGCCUGGGAGCCUUUUGCCUAUUCCCGGCAAAACCGGCUUUAAAAGUUCAAAGUCCAGCCAUAAAGCCAUUAACUUGAAGCUGGCAGGCUGCCCGGAGCAGUAGCACAUACCUCAUCAAUCACUUCUACGCGCAGAGCAGAUUCCUUUCCGAUCCGUCCCUCUGCAUUCCGAUCCUUUGCCGGCACUCCGAUUCGACCUCUGGGCCCAUAACCAUGUGUUGAUUUAAGCAGAGUCUCGUGCCCAGCGGAAGGAUGAGGAAUACGUGAUACAUACUCUAUAUAGCUUUAUUUACAGUUCAAAGCUGGUAUAUUACAGAAAGACAUCUUGCCUUUGCCGGAGCAGAAAAUGCAUCCUCUCUCCUCGACAGCUCGGAGAGAAUCACACAGUGAAAAACAGGAAACCAGUGUACGUCACAUCCAGUCUCCCUUUCCCGUGAGAAACUCCAACAGUACAGACUGUGGAAUGUAAACACCUGUCUCGUGACAAGCAGAGCUGCACAGUGAAGGAAAGCAGAAACUAACAGUGAUGACCCUAUAUGGUGAUGGGUGUAAUAAAAGCCUUGACCGGAUGAGGUAACGUGAGACAUUGGCAAACGGCCAUGCAGCUGGAGAGAGACAAGGGAUAAUAAAAAAGCUACGGGAGGAGAGAGUUCGAAAGGAGCUGCUCAUACCAUCCUGAAAAUAUUGCUGGCUCUCUGUGUCUUUAUUUUAUGCUAAACUGCGCCAUUUGUAACGGCUGGCUCCGACAAUCCAUGACCCCUUUAUUCCUUGAAGAAGAGGUCUCAGGAUCAGACCUUCCCUCUGUGGCAGCCUGAAGCUAGUAUAACAGUUCUCCGUGUUAUUGGAAUGGAAGAGAAGAAAAGAAAAGGAAAAAGAGAUACAUGGCAACGCGGAACCCCCUGCUAUGCCAGCCUCCUACUCUGACUUGCCAGGAGCCAGCAGGGCUUUGAAAGCUGCUAUUUACCGCUUCGUACCCCUCCACAUCCCACUUAGGAAUGCACUCAUACUCACUUUGUUGUUGAGCCUCAUAAAUAUUUACUAGAAAUUCAAAUAUGGGUUUGGAAGACUCAGCGCUUGUUUGCUGAUGAGUUUCUCUCAGGGGAAAUUCUCACAAGGAUUACAUCCGGUCCAUAUUGAUUGAGUUCUGUAGUGGUGAAAAGUUGUUUCUUCUUCUUCUGAGUGACACCACAAAUAGCAUUGUGGUGGUGAUGUUAACUGAUUGCAACACUCCUUGCGCUAAAUCCUUAGCUCAGGAGCCUUGGAAAACCCUUUCAUGUCUCGCGCGAUCCCUGCGGUGAGCAGUCUGCAGCUGUUUUCAACAUACGUAUAUUAAAACAAGGAGUUGCUCAUCUGUAUUUAGGGCUUCUCAAGGCUCCUACUGUAGAUGACAAUAGGCUAGUUUGCAUGAUAUGUGCCUGCCUAUCUGACAGCCCUGAUGCAUGGAUGGGAGUGAGCAGACACAUCGCCCCACCCACCCACCUAGCGUGUUGUUCCCUUCUUAUGCACACUUGGACGGAUUGCCCUGCUUCCAUCUAUACAUACACAGGGGGGGAACAUCCCCACAAUCCAUGCACUUUGUACGUGCAUAGCUAGAACCUGGACUGAUGCCACAAGUACAGAUGGAGAUGGUGCACCAGAGGGAUCAGAAACAGCUGUGGGCACUUGAUCCCCUCCAAAAGGUGGGCCAUAAUCAAAGUGGCUAGGGCUCAAAAGCCUGGCUUUCUUUUAGAUGACUGAAAAGAGUAGCACCUCAAAGAGUACUAUGAAACAGUGUGGUUGUGCGUAAAUAUUUCACAUUAACUUGGCAGUAUUCUGAAAGCAAGUAUUCUUCCUCCUUUAUUGUUGUGCUAGCAGCAGAGGCAGUGCAAACAUACAGUGCUAACUUUUAACAGCAGGUAGUGCACAGUAGGAAUCAUCUUUAUGUUGUAAAAUUGGUUGGUGAUUGUUAUUUGAAUAGUUGGGCAUGAGACUGAGAGCAUGGGGAAAGCUGAGAUUUCUGUACCUUCUAUAUGGGUGGUUUUUUUGUAAACUGUUCAAAGGUUCACUUACAAUCCAGUGGUAUAUACAUUUUCUAAAAAAAUACAAGGUGUGACCAGAAAAUUCGGUGAACGGUCACGGAAAUCGGACAGCAAGAAAUAUUUGAACAUACAUACCUUACAGGCCUUCAAAGUAGGCCCCCUCUGAUACAACGCACUGUUGACAAUGUUCGUAGAACUGUUGGAAACUUCUGAAGAAGUCCUCUUUUCAUACUGCUUUCAGUUCCCUCAUCACAGCAGCUUGGACAUGUGAAAUGUUGGAAAAUCUUUGCCUUUUCAGUGCAGAUUUCAGUUUUGGAAAAAGAAAGAAAUCCGGUGGGGCCAGUUCGGGAGACUAUGGAGGGUGGGACAACUCAGUAACGAUUGCACACAGAAUAUGCAAUUCUUCCGCCAUCAUUCGGACGGACAAACGCCAAUCCUGCAUCAAUAACUCAUGAACUCUGUCGACAUUUGAAAUAUUUUUUUAAAAUGUCCAGUAGCAAUUUUUUUAUAUAUUUCGACUGCGUCAGACCAACACGGCUACCUACCUGAAUCUGUUGACAUUUGCUGCCAUUCUGCUCGUUGACGGUCUGCCAGACCAAGGGUCAUUUUUGAUGGUUUGCUGCCCUUCACGGAAAUGCUUAAACCACUCAUACACUGUCUUACAAGUUACAGCUUCAUACACAAUUGUGAGCAUUUCGUGGGUUUCCGAUGCUGAUUGUAUGCUCACAUAUUUCUCACUGUCCGAUUUCUGCGACCAUUCACCGAACUUUCCGGUCACACCUUGUAAAUAAAGUAAAUGUGAUGGAAUCACUUUGCUGACUUGCUCAUCUUUCCUUCUCUCCAGCAUCCUAUUUGUGUUUUUUAAAAAAGGGAAAAAAUGCAAGCUCUCCUUAUUCAGUUCUGAAGUGCUGUCAAAUGUACAUUCAAAUGGAGUUUUCAUUUAAGUGAGAGAAGAAGGGAGAGGAACAUGGGCUGAGAUAAGUCAGCACUAGAUCUUGUUGGGUGGGUAGUCUCAUCUUAUGGUUUAGUCACUGCUUGGCACUGGACUUGGUUGCAUCUGAGAGGAGUACUUCUUGUUGCUCUUUUCCUUUUAAAGAGAGAGAGUGAAGUUCUUGCCUAGCUUCCUGACUGCUGGGUCCUUUUAUGCUUUCCAUGCCAGUUGUGAUGGCUGAAUGGCUACAGGUUAAUGAAUGAACAGUAAUCUACAGGUUAAUGAAUGGAAAACGAAAGGGAGAAUCUUCUUAAUGAGCAAUGAAAAGAAGCUGGAAGUAGUGGUUUUCUUUAUUAGCCACCAAAUUGAAUUACCUCUUCCUCCCCCUGCCCCCAAAACUUUUGAACAUUUGCUUUAAAAAGCCUAUUUCCUUGCUCCCUGGACACACUGUAAGUAGUGAAGUUCUACUGUUGUUAAUUCAAACUGUGUAGCAGCUGCUGUGGCUAUUAUUAACCAGCAAUGUGCCUGGCUAUUUUCUCAGUGUGUCAUUAAAUAAACACGUUGUCAAGUCUACUGACUUCGCAGACUCUAGAAAUUUACUUUUAAUCAUUAGUUGUUCAAUUUCCAAGUUUUAAACUACACAAACUUAGCUUCCUUGGGGAGUUUUAAGUAGAGGUUGGAUGGCCAUCUGCCAUGCAUGACCUAGCUGAGAUUCCUGCAUUGCAGGGGGUUGGACUUGAUGACCCUCAAAGGGUCCCUUCCAACUCUACAAUUCUAUGAGUCUCGUUCAUUUUGAAUAUAAUCCAAGAAAGCCCAUGCUUUCAAAGCAUGUAUGUUAAGCAAAAUUCAUGCUGGAAUGUAAAUGUCUAAAGAUAGGAGUUCUACAUGUCUCUAGACUGCCAUUAAUUUUCAGCCCAGUUUUUUAUAGCGGCAUGGUUGUAAAAUAAAGGUUCAGCCAUAGGAGUCGUUGAAUCUUUGAGCUAACAAUAGUUGUUGCAGCUCAAUGUUACACAUCAUGUUACAUUGGUUUUGCAGAUUCCUUACUCCAGUCGUGGGGUAGAGUGUCUCCAUAUUCUUCUACCAUUCCUAUUCACUUUAAAUAGGACGUGCAUGAUAGCAUCAAUAUAUCCAUAAAUAAAACAAAACCCUAUAAAUUACAUGUUACAUCAGAAGGAAUUCAUCUGAUUUAUGGGUUGCAUCCAUCUAAGUUCUACUAAGAGUAAAGAUAAAGGUAAAGGGACCCCUGACCGUUAGGUCCAGUUGCAGAUGACUCGGGGGUUGCGGCGCUCAUCUCGCUUUAUUGGCCGAGGGAGCCAGCGUACAGCUUCCGGGUCAUGUGGCCAGCAUGACUAAGCCACUUCUGGCAAACCAGAGCGGCGCACGGAAACUAAGAGUAGGCAAAUUGAUAUUAGUGGGUCCAAAUCAGUCAUAAUUCAUUAAUUUCAAUUGGUCUCCUAGUGAGCCAGAUAUGUGUCUCUCCCUACCCCACAGAUCAGCUUUUGACAGGGAAUGAGGUCACCCACCUGUCAGUCAUCUGGCAUCAUGAUAUCAGGAGACUGAAAGUUGGGUGUUCCCUCCUUCAUGUAAACAUUGACCUGAGGGGUGGGAACGUGCUGGCAAAUCAGCACCCAACAGGAUUGACCACCACUCCGCUAUCCAUCAGCUGAAAUCACCCAUGUGGUUUGGCGUCCCAGCCCAAAUUUGACCUCCUGGUGGGCCAGUAUUGGCCCCUGGGUCAGAGGUUCCCACCCCUGCCUUCAGCUGUCAACAUUUCGGGCAGGGCCAGCCCACCCAUUAGGCAGACUGAGUAAGCAGCAGGGAGAGACUAGAGGACAGAGCUGUGUGCCCCCAUACAACCUGCUAGGUACCCCUAAAAGCUAACCUGCUUCCCUCAGGUGUGGUGGAGAAUGUUGUCCCAUUGCCAUUGCUGAAUUAAGGUUCAGCUGUCAGCCUGGUCAGCUUCUGUACACAGUAUAGGGCUCUGUCAUCUUGUCCUUUGCCUCAGGUCACAAAAUUUAUUGGAUCAGCCCCAAGUUUGAACAGUACAUAGUUGAGAAUAUGCACAAUUUAGACCUAGACUCUCUUAUUCAAUCCAUAAGCAAUAUCUCAUAAUCUAGAAAAAAGACCAAAGGCCGUCAUUUCUAAAAUUUACAGCCAGCAGUUAAAGCAACUUGCAUUUUUCCGGGGGGGGGGGGGGCGGACGGGACAGCACAAAGCAAGCAUAAUUUUAGAGCUGCUACCUGAUUAAAGGAAACCUUAAUCAUAUCAUUCUAGAUUAUUCCAUCAAUUAACUUUUUGUAUUUUUAAUGAUGCACGCAUUGUCACAGCAGACAUCAUCUCAGAAGAGGCAUUCUCUCCUAAAAGGCAGAGUGCUUCUUUUAAAAGAUGCUUGCCAUCUGCAAAUAAUGUUGUGGGUUUUUCCUUCUUAAUUGCUUUCCAGUUCAUUAGGGGCAAUUUUUAAAAUCAAUUAACGUAGCUAAGUAACUGGUUAUGCAUUGCAGUCCAAAACAUUUUAAUGAUUUUCUAAUGAUUAUUUUUCUUCUCUAGCAGAUGGUACGUGAACAGUAUACUACAACAACACCAGGUACUAACCUACAGAGACCAGAAACGCAAUAUGUCUACAACGUUGGCAUCUACGGUUGGAGGAAGCGUUGCCUUUAUCUCUUCGUCCUCCUCCUAAUCAUCAUCCUAGUUGUGGAUCUUGCUCUGACCAUUUGGAUUCUUAAAGUGAUGUGGUUUUCUCCAGUAAGAGUCCUUCAUCAUCUUUUUUUUUUUGCAUGUGUAACUAUUGUCUGAAUAAACUGCACUUUUAACCUGAUAAUUUCAUGGCAAACCAAAUUGUAAAUAAUGCAUUUGAUGUCCCUAAGGUAAUAAAUCAACUUCUGAUCCGUAAAGGGUGCUAAGAAAAGAAGUAUUGCAGAUUUUCUCAUUUCCACAGAAAUGCCUGUUUCCUCCCCACAAAAAAAGAAAUUAGGGGGUUGGACUUAUUUUUCAUGGCUUCAGAAUUUCUGGAAAGUUUACAUCUCUACGGAACACCACUAUAAGGAAGUGCCUAUUGUGGUUCUUCCCACACCCCCGAUGCUGUCUUGUUGUAAUGUUGUCAUAAUCUUUCCCCUCUUUUCUCAUCUGGUCAGGGUUCCUCUUGUGCAUUUUUAUCCACUGUUUGAAGAAGAUGGGCAUGAUACUCUGGUGAGAAUUUUAAAAACACUUGAGUAAGAAAUGCAGUGAAUCUAAAAGCUUGGAGUCUUUUGUCAUUACAGAUUGGAAUGGGAUACCUUUAUGUUCAAAGCGAAGGACUUCGGCUAGAACGGGAGUCAGAAUUUUUAUAUCCUUUAUAUGCCAAAGAAGUUCACUCUAGAAAGGUAAGCAAGUCUGCAAUAUUCUGCUCACACACACAUUCAGGCUUAAAUCCCACUAAGUUGAGCGAGGCUUUCUAAGCAAAUACGCUUAGAUUUGGGCUGUAAGUCAGGUCAUCAACAGGUCGUCUGAAAAUUCGCAAUGGGUACAUGUCAUAAAUUAUCAUCUACAAGACUUAUGUAGGCUAAAGUCAGCAAUGCAUUGUGGGUCUAGAGAGGGAGCUGUUGUCAGUCUGGAUUCAUUUUUCAAUACACCCAGUCACAUCAGAAGGUGCUGAAACCAGAGACAAGGUCAAGAGUGACCCUGUCUUGGACCUUAGGAUGAAGGAACUGAUAGCUCAUUAUUGUAUUUAGCUUGUCUAAGAGGCUGUGUACAUUUAAAGUGCACCCCCUCAAAGAAUCCUGGGAUCUGUAGUUUGUUAAGGGCGCUAGGAAUUGUUGUUCUGUGAGAAGUAAACUACACUUCCUAUGAUUCUUGGUGGGGGGUGUCAGAAGUGAAGGACUGGGGAAAUGGAGGAAAAUAAAAAGACACAGGUAUCAUAGGAGCCAACUCCUAGGGUCUGUGGGAGCUUUGACCCCCCACAAUAAAAUAUUUGAGGAGGCUGGGCCCCUGCAAAGUUGAUGGGCAUUCCCAUUCAAAUGGUAUGUGUGUGCACUGUGUCAUGUGAUUGAUUAUGUGGGGCGGGGCUUACCUGGGCCCCCACAGUAUUUUCUCCAAGUUGGCACCCCUGACAGGUAUAUUCAAGGAGUGGUUUGAAUGCUUUUGAACAGGGCUGAGGCAAGCAGGGCCUGCUUAGUUACCCGUGAGUAAAACGUUACUCAUUUAUAUCAUAGGCUACUUGAGAGCAUUGAAGGCACUAAGAUGUUUAGCUUUUCCUGUGGUGAAUAUCUGAAAGUUUUCUAAAUUUGCAUCUCUUUCUCCUCAUCCCUUAAACUAGGACUCAUCUCUGCUUUUGCAAUCCACUCAUAACGUGACUCUAAAUGCACGCAAUCCUGAUGGGAACGUCACAGGCAGAUUAAGUGUGGGUAGGUUUAAGCUACGUUUCUUCAGUUUGCAUUUUGAAGGUUUUGAAUAUGCACAUUCAUUGUGGUGAUCCCAUUUCUAUCCAGAGGCCAUACAAAUGGUCUUGGAUAGUCAACUCAAGUAGGGCUGCUGUCCAAAAGGAGCAGGAGUGAGAGAGCACCAAAUGCAAUUGAAUAGCCACAUCCAGAUAUAAGGGGUAGAGCAUUAGGUUUCCCACACCCCUUACAAAAUGGGAGGGGGGAUUCAAUUCUUUCCUGGUUGGGGUGUGUUGCCAUCCAUCAUCAGGCCUCUGUCUUCCCCCUUGGAAGGAGAUCUGACGCUUCCUAUCAGGGAACACAAAACUGCAGGACCUGCAAAGCAAUUCUUUUAUCCCUUUACUGGAAAGGAAAACCUGAGCUAAUUGCUUUAAUCGUUGUCUCCUCCUUUGCAGGUCUUCCCCAAGCUGUUUAAGCCCUAGAGAGGAUACCAGUGUCCAAUUUGUACAACCAUUUAUGUGAUAAGCAUGCUACACUGAUGUGGAUUAGAUAUGGACUAGUUAGAACUUAAGCAUGCAGUUUUAUACACAGGGAGUAGGAAAAAUUGAACACAGUGGGAUUUUCUUCUGAGAAAAGAUGCAUAGGAUUGUUCCAUAAGAUAGAUAGAUAGAUAGAUAGAUAGAUAGAUAGAUAAAUAAAUCAUAUGCAACCUGUAAUUCUAAGGGGUGAUUCAGUUCUACACUAUAUCCAUUCUUCUCCACUUUUCACAGCAGAGUCACAUGUGCACAUUUUUGCAUAGUGUGUUCCACCUAGCUCAACCCCAAAGUAUUUUUCCCUUUUAUUUGAUUAGGAAAAUUCUACUUUUUCUCCUAAUGAAAGCUGGAAACUGGGACCAUAAUCUACAGUGCAAUCUUAUACAUCUCUAUUCAGACAUGAGUCCCACUGUGUUUAGUAGGGCUUAUACCCAGGUAAGAAGGAAUAGGAUUGCAGUCCCAAUGCCCUAAACUUUAUAAACAUAUUGUUAUAGAUGUAUGGGUGUUCAAUGUUUAGGUUUAAUAAAUGUUAGAAUUUAAUUAGAAUUGGUACGUUAGAACAGGGAAAUGUGGUGGACCCACUUAUAAGCCCCUGUUAUUAGCAUAUAUGAAAACUAAUUAAGUCAGGCAGAUAUCUUAAAUUGUGACCCUUCCUUAAUCUUGGGGAAUCAACAUGAAUCAGGUGUUUAUUGAACUUAAUUUCCUUUGGGGUAAUGAGCUGUUAGCAAGUCAGAGGAUGAGAGUGCAAAUCCCAUUUGCAAAUGGGUGGGCUUCCUCCCUCCCUGAACACAGGAUUUCAUUUAAAAGACAAUACCAGUGUUCUUGGGGUAGGAAUGCUGUGGACCCCUGCAUUGUAGGCUUCAAGUUAUAUAUGUGUGUAAAUGAACCAUAUAUCCUAAAGACACCACAGUCUCUGCUGUGCCUUAUUGUCCCACAGGAAACAGAUCCUGGGUUAAAGUGCUCCUGGUACCCCUGGAAUCUAUAACACCUGCUCAGAGAUAGGGGUGGUGUGUCACAAUAUAUUGUAUCAUUGGCAGCUCAUAAAUGCAACUUAAGAAAAAGCAAAUGAUAAUGGUUCUGUUAAAAUACUAGUAAUUCUUGUGUGCUUCUUAGGUCCGGACAUGGUACAAUUUGAUGGUCAGGAAUUUCAGAUCAAGUCCAUGAAUCUGGAUGGAAAGCCUCUGUUUACAGUGGAUGAAGAUGAAGUUGCAAUUGGUACAGACAGACUUCGAGUCACAGGUUUGCAUGCAAGUGUAAGAAACAGCUCAAAAACAUCCUUUAAGAUGUUUAUUCUAAAAGCAAAACAAACUCACUGCUGCAGAAAACAGUCAUUCAUUAACCAUAGGUUUCACUUUCUAUGGUAUUUUGUUUACUGCUGGCCCCAACUUUAGUUGAUGGAGACAAAAUAUCAUCUUCAAAAUUUCACUCACACUGUUAAAUGAAAGCACUUAUUUCAGUUUUAUUAAUUUGUUGGUAGAAUAAAGAUGACAGUCUCUUAAUUAAAUUUCAAUAAGCUGACGCUCAUAGGAAAAUGAUGCAAGUUGACUAACAAUCCUGUUCUAUCAAAAACAAGAAAGAGUAUUGUGGCAGCUAACAAAUAGCACAAGCUUUUCUGGAUGAGAGUCCAUCAGAUGCAUGUAGUUUCAGGUAUAUAUACAAAAGGGAGGGGAGGCAGGAGGAACGGGUGAGUACUGAGGUCAGAGGAAAAUGAAAUGCAAAAAAAUGUAAACAGUGACCAUUUAAAUAGAGGUAGAAUCUACGUGAAAUAAGCAAAAUGAUUGUAUUAGCAUAUAUCCUUAUGAUAUAAACACCACAUCAUCUUAUGUUAAUAACCCACCCUCAGGCCACAUCGGCUUCAACAUAACAUGACAUCCGUGUAAGAUCCUAAUAUCUCACAAUCCUACAAAUGAGUUUUUGAUUGCUUGGAACCUUCCCUCAAUGCAACACAGAAUGGGAUUUCCCCAUCCUCCUCCUUAUCUCUGCAGCCCCCCCCCCUAAGAAAAACUACUUGGGGGUUGGAGGGCCCUUGGGAAUUGUUUAUGGGUUAUCUUGUGGGGUUGCAAAUAAAGAGGGAGUUGUCCCCCUUGCACUUUUAGCAGAUGGGUCAUAGCUUUGCAUGCAAAAAGUCUCAAGUUCAGUCACUGGAGUCUGUAAGCCAGUGUGGUGUAGUGGUUAAGAGCGGUAGUCUCGUAAUCUGGUGAACCAGGUUCGCGUCUCCGCUCCUCCACAUGCAGCUGCUGGGUGACUUCUUUGAAGUCUCUCAGCCCCACUCACCUCACAGAGUGUUUGUUGUGGGGGAUGAAGGGAAAGGAGAAUGUUAGCCGCUUUGAGACUCCUUAAAGGGAGUGAAAGGUGGGAUAUCAAAUCCAAACUCUUCUUCUUCUCUUCUAAGUAGGGCUGUGAAAAAAUUGGUAUAAGACAACUUCCUCUGUUGCUCAUAUACUCAGAAGCUCCCUAUACGGUCAAAGCACCAGUAGGUAGAAGCUUCCAACACAUGUUUAGGUAGGUAAAGGAAAAGGAUCCCUGGAUGGUUAAGUCCAGUCAAAGGCGACUAUGGGGUGCGGCGCUCAUCUUGCUUCAAGCCGAGGGAGCUGUCGUUUGUCCACAGACAGUUUUUUGGGUCAUGUGGCCAGCAUAACUAAACCGCUUCUGGCACGCAGAGGACCGUGUCUGAAGCCAGAGUGCACAGAAACGCUAUUUACCUGUAUAUCAAAUCUACGUAGGAAAAAGGAUCAUAGGAUCAUCACAUUUUACAACCUGUAAACACUUUGAACAGAAACGCCUUGUGACAUGUGAAGCAAGUAUCAGAGGUUUCCAAGACCAUAUGCAGUCUGAAAAUGCCUUCCCUUAAGGCUUGAAUUUGUACACACAUUCCACGAAGGUCAGUGAACCUGAUGUUUUGUGAGACCUUUAUGAGGAUCUCCUACCGUACUUUGUUUUUCCCCUUGUAAGGGGAAAGGGGAGCUGUCUCUUCCCUCUGACACCUAACAGCCACAACUGGUUUGUUUCCUCUCUUCCAGGGCCAGAAGGAGCUCUUUGUGAACAUUCUAUAGAAACACCACUCAUUAAAGGUGUUAGAGGUCUUGACAACGCUAAAGAGCUGAGGUAAGUAUUUGUCUCAAAAGCAAAUAACCUCUUAUGCAUAAUCAGGCCCUGCAUGGCCAUAUACACAGUAUGUCAAAAUGACAAAUAAAAAGAAUUGAUCUGUAUAGGUGUAUUAACUACAGCUUCAUGUAACAGAGGAGGAAUCUGAUGUGAUAGCUCUGUCCAUGGAAUGGAAUUAGUUUUACGUGAAAGUCACAAACAUGACCAUAUUAAGCUGCUCUUCCAGAGUUAAAAUCGGGUUUUCUCUGAAGCUAGUAACCCAAGUACCUAAAGGAGCAAUUCCUUGAAUAUCAGCCAUCUCGGGCCCUACAUUCUUCUUGGAGUCAACUGUGGGUUCUCCCCAGUUAGCGUUGUCCCAACAAGGCCUUUUCAGUGGUUGUUUCCUAUCCAUGGGUGAUGACAGUCAGGUGUGCAUGCAGGAGCCAGGCCCUGUGACCAAUAGGACUUUGCAGGACUGAAGCCUUCCUAAGUUUGUUCUGAAGAGGCAAGGCGCAGCCUCACAGGUGAGGCCGAUUGGUAACUCACAGCACCUGGUGGUAAAAGCUGGGAAGGGAUAUAAGGUCAGCAUUUCCCUUUGGCUCUUUGCCACAGCAACACACUUCCUGCCUUGCCGUGUUCGGCUUCUUGCUUCCUGAUCCUUGAAGCUUGGCUUCUUGACUCCCAGCUCUCUGGCCCUCGGACUCUUGGCUUCCUGACUCCUGGUUUCUGGACCCCCAUUCCUGCUCCCACCUCGCCAUCUUGUCCCCGGUCCCGACAUCCUCAGCUGGGACUUCGAUCGCCCGUGAACCAGACUGUGACACAGACACUGGUUUAGAAUUGAGACAACAUGAAAGUGGUUUCAUGUAAAUGUUCAUUAGCACGGGAGACAGAACAGAACCCCGAGGGACCCUGCAGGCCAAUUGCCCAAGUGUCAAACAGGGGUCGUUCCCCACCUCCAGCACCACUUUCUGGGUUCAUCCUUCCAGAAAGGAUCAGACCCACUCUGUAAAACAGUGCCUCCAAGUCCUGUCUUAGCAAGGUGGCCCAGAAGGAUACUAUGGUUGAUUGCAUCAAAAGCCACAGAGAAGUCCAGCAGCACCAACAAGGACACACAAUCCAAAUCCUGGCGUAAGUCAUCCACCAAGGCAAACCAAAGCCAUCUUUGUUCCACAACCAGGCCUGAAGGCAGCUUGAAAUGGAUCUAGGUCAGGCAUAGGCAAACUCGGCCCUCCAGAUGUUUUGAGACUACAAUUCCCAUCAUCCCUGACCAUUGGUCCUGUUAGCUAGGGAUGAUGGGAGUUGUAGUCCCAAAACAUCUGUAGGGCCGAGUUUGCCUAUGCCUGAUCUAGAUAAUACAUCUCCUCCAGAAACCCCUGGAGCUGAGAUGCCUGUUUAAAGGUGCAUAAUGCACUUGUUCAGCAAAAACAUGUUGUCUCAAAAAGUAGAAGCUGCAAAACAAUUUCCAAGCAUGGAAAAUAAGCUCAUGUAAGAGCUGCCCAGGUUGAAGAGGCCUGAAAUGCAAACCAACUGCUUAGACACCCACCCACAGGCUGGUCAUGCUAGCCAGAAACACAAUGGAAUGUGUGUCUCAGAGCUGCAGGCUGCCCACACAAUGUCCAGAUCCAGAUCUGAACUAGGCUGGGCUGUUACAUAAAUUCCCUAUGGCAAGAAGCAGCAGCAUGAAGAAGCAAGUUUGCUUCUGUCCUUCUCAAUUGCCGUGUCUGCCCUGCAGUUUUGUUUGCUGGUGAGGAAAUGCACCCGGUUACAUUCCCCCACAUAUUUAGGCGAAUGGCUUUCGGUAGCUGCCAAAAUCCGACUGCUCACCACAUCUAGAAAAGGAUUUUUCUCAUGUUUAAAGCAGCAGAGAUCCUGGGGUUUCCCUCCCCCCCCCCUUUCUCUUUCCAGAUGUGGCUUGGCUCACUUGCACGAGCCACCUCAAGCUGUUUGCCUUGUAAACUAGGUUCCAGGGCCAUGAAGUAGUAGCUGUGCUAAGACUGUGCUGAAAGGCUCUCAAAGAAAUGAACAAGGUGAAUGGGGGCACGGGUACAAUGAUGAAAAAAUAGUGCGAAACAAAACAAAUACUCUGGUUAUAAUGAAAGAGACAAAAAUUUGAGGAAAGGAUGUCAAAUGUUUUGACUAGAUAAGGGGUCAGCAAACUUUUUCAGCAGGGGGCCAGUCCACUGUCCCUUGGACCUUGUGGGGGCCGGACUAUAUUUUGGAAAAGAAAAAAAAUGAACGAAUUCCUAUGCCCUACAAUUAAACCAGAGAUGCAUUUUAAAUAAAAGGGCACAUUCUACUCACGUAAAAACAGGCUGAUUCCCAGACUGUCUGCGGGCCGGAUUUAGAAGGCAAUUGGGCCGGAUCCGGCCCCCAGGCCUUAGUUUGCGUACCCAUGGACUAGAUGAAUCACAGAACAAUUUUGCCUACAGGCAUAGCUUUUGCCCUUAAAAACCAGAAGCAGAGUGCCAAACAAAAUAAGUUUAUUCCCUGCCUUUCUUCCAGUAUGGGGCUCAGUGUGACAUACGCAACAGUCUUCCAAACACUCUCUCAUCGUGGUACUGACCACACACAUGCAUUUUUAGUUUUGGUGCUUCCUUUGCUUUCGGGCUACAUUCCAGUACUAGUGGUGCCUAUAUUUGGCUGGAUUGUGAAUACUUGUUUGCAUUCAGAAGUGAUUCACUUCCUAUUGAUUCCUCCAUUGAAGAAAGUUGGGCUAGAUGACCCUCUGUGUCCCUUCCAGCUCCACAAUUCUAUGAUUCCAAGUUGAUGUCAAACUGACUGCUGUCCUUUGCUGCCACCUUGUGGCACUACUGGUUUUCAAGGCUCUUGAGUAUCAUAAUUUGUUUCCUGGCUUCACUUGAGUUUAAGGUUUACAAAGUGAGAAUUAAUUUUGUGGCUUCUCUUUACAGAGGUUUUAAUUCUCAAAGCUUAUUCAAUCUGUACAACAUGUUUUACAGUAGAACCAGCUCUCCCCCUAUCCAAUUCCUGACAUGAGUCAUCCACUGGCAACCAAAGCCAAAUAGAUGCACCUUGAGCACCAGUUUUGCCCCUAGGCCUGAGGUUUGCUAGCCCUGAUUUGAGGGAGUAGCAUCUUUAGCAGGACCUGUCUGUAAGGGAGCUCCCUGAAAGACAUUGUGUGCCUCCAUCUCUCUCAGCUUCUCCAGGGUUAGCUGCCUUGGCCUUAAUGGAACAAACUCAUUGCAGCAAGCCCACACUUUUGCUGCAAUACUGCAAAACCUCAGGGGAAUCCCACCCACUCAUUGGCUUUCCACUUUUCUAUCCUUGCGUUGCUUCAUGUCAAAGAUAAUGUAUUGGAUUUAUGUGGCGUGGGAAAUAGGCUUUUGUCUGCAACUUCAAUAACUAUCUUUUAAAGAUGGUUGUAUUUUCACUCCCCUAAGCUCUGUUCCUUAUUGUCAAAACCUUUUUUACCUUGUGAACAUAGUGGGGCAAUCUGCUCACAGAGGAACAACUUUCUAAAUAUAUCCAGGUAGCUAGCUACUCUACAGAGCCUGUGACCCAGGUCGUUGAGUUAUGCUACUCAAGUUUAGCUUCUUAAAAAAGGCAUGUCACACACACACACACACACACACUGCUACAGUCCUAGGACUAUUCAGGCAGUAGAGAUGAUUCAGCUGCCACAACUACACCAGGAAUCUGGCACAGGCCACCACCACAUCAUGGAACAUUGUCUUGCUGGCUAACAGUAACUUCUAGGAAGAAUCAGCUGCCAGGCUAGAAUUCUAAACUCUCACUUGGAAGUCAAUACCCCAUUAAAUCGGUAUCACUUGCACUAAAAUAGCCAUCAUCAACACCUCUUUUUUACUUAGGCUUUUGGAUAAUGUGAAGCUAUUGUGGCCUGUUGCUGGUUGUUUCAUCUGCUGCAUUCUGUUUGAAAUUUUUUUAAAAGUUUAUAUUUAAAAUUGCCUUACGGUAAUUGAUUUUACAAUAUGGUGUUGACCUGCUUUGCAUCAUGUUGUUGUUGUUGUUGUAUUAUGAUGGACAGGCUUAUAAAUUAUAAAUAAAUGCAAUAAAUAAAACCACAAUUUAUUCAGAUGCUGAGAUCUUCCUUCUGGUUUCUUUCAGGCUUGAAUCGCCAACUCGGUCUCUCACCAUGGAUGCUCCACGAGGGAUUAAUAUUAAAGCCGAAAGUGGGACUAUUACGGCUCUUUCUCAUCUGGAUAUCAAGUUGCAGAGCAGCGAUAGCAUGGUGAGAUUUUAAUUAUUUCUUAAUCUACCAUCAACAAACGAUCCAUUUACAAUUGGUAUUCAGAACAACAGCAUUGACAUUUCAGACAUUGGGCUGUCUUCCUACCAGUUUCCUGCUGGUUUUAGUUUCAGCAAAAUAUGAGAACUAUGCUGGCCCUAAGUAGUUGGUGAUUUUCACGAAGAGCCAACUAAUCCCUUGCAGUGCCUGUUACUCCAUUUUAUCUAAAUGUAUAGUCACGCUAUCUUGAUGGUGAAAUGACCAAUCAACAUAUUCAGAACUCAGAACUAUCUAAUAUUCCAUUCAGCUGUUAUCAAGUUCCCAUUCUAAAAUAUGAACAUUUUCAUUUGCUUCAUUUCCCGGCAAUUAUAGAGCAUUUUGCACUCAGUUAUCUUGCCCUCCAUGAAGGAGCUUGGUGCUGUGGGAAUAAAGUCUACUGACACAAAGCCCUAUUGAAAUUUGUCUUUUGCAUUGAGGUCUCAGCCAUGUUUCACGUCUGGGCUAUGUUUGUUAAGGUGUCAGCAACCACAAAAAAAUUAAGAGUUUCCCCAACUUGGGGAAUCGUCAGAGGUUUUGUUUAAAUUUGCAAUGUGGCUACAGUAGAAAUUAGUUUUAAAAGGGAACCUCUGAUGUACAUUUAAUCACCACAAUUGAGUCAACGUUUAAUUUAUUGGGCCCAGCACAUGCCAACAGUUCUAUGUAGGCAUGGCUCCAGUGGGUUCUCAGGUCUACAAAACUUGCACUGUAAUAAAUUAACCUUUAAGAUGCCACCACACUUUUUGUUCCGAAGUUACUGCUACACAAACAAAUCCAUUCGUGUCUGUCUUUCUUCCAUGCAGCUUAUGCUUAAUGCUGGACUGCGGCUGCCCAAAUUGCCUCAAGGAACAAGCGGAGAUUCUGAGAUAUCCUUUGGGCUCUAUGAAGUCUGUGUUUGCACAGAUGGAAAGUUGUACUUGGCAGUGGCUGAUGUCGUUUCCACUUGCCUGUAUUAUAGUCAGGCUUGCGAGAUGAGCAGCUAACACCCCACGCUGCGUGCUUCCAGCCUGCUGCUAUUUUCAUGUGGGAUUCGGUCACAUACAGGCAAGCUCAGGUUUUGCAGUUGAAGUUGGUGCCCUUCCACACGUACCCAUUUCCCCAAAACUAUCAGACUUCUUGUGACAUGGGAAAAUGCAUUGGAAAAUGUGAGAUAACGCUUGCCGUAUCUUCGUAUAAUAUCCCCGCAAACAAAUCAGAAUGAAUGUCAAUAAACAGCUUGUCUGGACUACUUUCUUUGGCUGUUUUUAGUCAGGUUUUGUAGUAGCGUCUAGAGUCACUGAUGCUACUACACAGCACAGAAAUGCAACAUUUACAUUUAAAAUCGAAAUGCAUCAAAUUGAAUUGUAUUCAGCAUAGAACUAAGGAGAACAUUCCUCCAACCUUCCAGAGCAGAUGUGGGGCAGUGCAGGUCACACAGGAGAGAGGGACAAAGUCCCAUUGGAAUAGCGUUAAUUCAAUGCAAAUGUUUAGCUGAACACCACCCAAAAUAUAUGGAAGCAGGUCUACCAAAAGUGCAUGGGGGCGGGGGGUGGAGCUCUACAGCAGAAAUGGAGAACCCCAGGCCCAGGAAACAAAUACAGUGCCCCAGGCCUUUUGCUGGCCCCACUCCAUGUUCUUGAGAUCUUUUGCCUGGCUGAAAUGUGUCCUUGAACUGUGAUCACGCCUUUUGCUUGUCUGUCUGAUACAAAGGCCUGGAUGGAGAGGAGUGGGUGGGUGGAUGCAGAGACCACUGUCACAUGCAUAGUGGAAUGUACUGUAGCUUACUAUGCAAAGGAUGAGAGUCAGGCCCGUUGCUCUGCCCCGUUUUGCCUCUGACCCCAUCCACCACUGGCAUGCAACCCCUGGAAGACUGCCCACAAAGCAAUACGGCUCUCAGAUUGAAAAAGGUUCUCUAACCCUGUUGUAAAUGCAGAAAGGGAAAGGUAGAUGAGCUGGGCAGUUCUUCCAUGCACAAUUCCCCUUCUCUGUUACUCCAUAUGGUAUGGCCAUCUGAGGUCCCCUGCUCUGGCUUGCUUCAUGGACCACAAAGGAAGAGAAGGUUAGCCCUGAGUACUCUUUCUAUCCGUUAGUCCCCAGAAAUAACUUCUACUCAUCCUCGUGAGGCAGUGCUCUCCGCAGCAUAUAAAAUGAAACACAGUAGCAAAUACAGGUUAAAAUUGAUUUAUCACAACACUGGAUUUGUGAACUUUAGAGGUUAAUAAAUAUGCAUUUUUAAUGUUGCUGGGUUUUUUAUAUUAAAAAACACAAAGUAAAUUUACUAUGAACGUCCUAUGAUGAAAUUAUUUGGUGUUUUUUUAAAAAAGAUGUGGGCAGAAAAAUAUGAAUAUACUGGAAUAGUUAGUUUGAGAUCAUGAUGGCAUUAGAAUGAAAUAGCCUCUGCAUGAAAAAGUAAAUCUGCAAUGGUUCGCCAAAAGCAAUUGGGGUAGUAAAUCAAUGAAUACACAUUUUAUCAUCACAAAAAGAGCAGCAGGGAUGGGAAAGAGGGCCUGGUUGAUUCACCAAAGUGAGUUCUUCCCCUCUGCUAAAGGUCCUGGUGAAAGAAGUCUCAUAUAAAUAUACAUAAAUAUUCAACACACCAAUUUGAAGAAUCUUCAAGUUUAUUAUUAAAAUCAUUUUAUGGCACUUAACAACAGAAAUAAUCAUACGGCUUUGCAACCAGAAGGUUCAAAGCCUAGAUUUUCUUGAGAUAUUUUCUACACUGAAAGCCCUUUUAUUAUUUACACAUUUUCUUAAAGAGCUUUUGUCAACUAUUUUGUCCUUCUGUAUUGCAAUAAUUUUGGUUGUAAUUUAUCUAACCUCAUCUUACCCCUAUUUUAUUUUACAUUCUUUACAUAAAAUUAUAGUUUCAGUGUACUAAUCAAGUAAAUAAUUGCGACAGUUAGGUAAUAAUGGAACAUAAAUACUAUCCACAGCAGCUUUAUUUUACAUGUUGUCAUGAUUUUCUUUACAAAUAUUGAAUAAUUUACAUGGCAUUAUCAAAAGUAUUACAAUUUAUAAAAGAAAAAUUAUGAACUAAAAAUCAGACAUCUCAUGUGCCACAGUGUGAGACAAAAUCAAAAAGCAUAACAUUGCAGCACCAUUUAAUAUGUAAUAAAAAAUUAUCCCACUGUAUACCAAAAUAUUUUAUGACAUUAUACUAUUUCCAAGGAUGGCUCAUGAGAAAAAUAUAUAAACAAAACAAAAAGCUGAAGUAAGACUACUUAAAAAAAAAAAAAAGAGUUUUGGUGUGCAGUUUCCGUUUCAAAAACCCUAAAGAAAAUCAAGUAUUUUACUAGGUAAUGCACAUGCAAUUCUCAUUCAACAAAAGAUGUAACAAUGUCAAAAACACAUAAGGUAUGUUAUAAGAAAAUAAGUCUUGUGUUUAAGUCAUCAAACAUUAAGGAAUAAAAUACUGUGCUGUGUCAAAGGUCCCUUAGCAACCUCUGAUGUAAUGUUUGAUGUAAAACUGCAGCAAAUCUAUAAAUCAGAUCCUGCAGAUCGUAUUACUGUGAGUGAAAUGAAUGUCCAUAGCAAACAAAUGAAUACACAGAAUGCUUCAAAGUGACUUUUCUCCAAACUUUUCAAUUCCUUAAAAGAGAGUAACAUACUCAGUCUUACAUUAGUACACUGAAAAAUGACACCACCUCAUACGAUAAAACUGAAUGGAUGCAAUCUGGGGAUACAUACAUAUAUAUCUCUGCACAUACAAACAGAUUUUACCGACAUAGUCCUAGGCUUUGGUUACAUAAAGUGCAGUUCAGCCCUGUGAAUUUUACCGUUGUACUGUGUACAUAACUAUAUUUUACAGCUCAGUCUCCCUGCAAAUCUUUAAAUACAUGUUCUACAGUUUUGCUAAUAAGAAGCUGUUGCUUAAAACAAGAUUAUGUAACAUUUAAAUCCUGUGUACCUUGGGCUGAACAAGAUGUUCACUACCAGAUCCGGGGAUGUCAUCAAACUGUUGCAAAGCAGCAGUGGGAAAGCACAAUUUACAAUGGAGAAAUGUCUGAGAGCAUAGAGCCAAUUAAUCCUUCUGCCUAUCACUUUCCCUUUGCAACAUGCCCUCAUGUUCCCCAGUCAGGUCCCAGGCGCUCAUUUGCUUUGUUACAGGAGAAAAUGGGAGGUCACAAGAAAGAAGUGUUGGGCCAAGGAAGGAUUAAAAACUCCCAUCAAACACUUUUCUACUGUAAAUCGUGUCCUUCCCCGGCUGCUUUUGCAGCAAAGCAUGUUCAGUGAUAGUCGAGUUUCCCAAAUCCAGGUCUGCCAUGGAACAUCUAAUUUGGCCCUCAUUGCCACAGAAAUAGAUGCAUUUUAUUUAUAAGCUGCUAGGAACUGCAUAGCUUCCAAAGUACAGUAACUGCAUGAGUAAGUCACAUUUUAUUCCAUCACAUUAGUAUAUAGCUUUUGCUAGCAAAAGUGAAUUCAGAUCUUAUCACAUCUGUGACCGUGAUUUCCUCCCCCCACCCCCACUGCAUAAGAGGAUGACGCCCACCCCUGUCACACAAAGCUGUAUGGUUGGUUGCAUGACACAUCAAACAGUAGCAUGCCACCCAAAAACAAUAGCUUGGAGAAAACUGGCUGGAAACAUGGCAUGUCUAUAUGAAACCACCAUGUCUUUAACCUCAUACCUUUUGCUGUAUAAAAUUUUCAAGUUUUAUUAUAAUGCAUGCUGUACACUCCAUCACUCUCAUAGCAACUUCAGAAGUGAACCUGUCAUUUGGAAUCUGCGGAAAAGGAAGGAGGUCUGGAUAGCGAGUUUUUAAGCUAUCGACUCCAUAUGCUUCCAGUGUGUGGACAUCAUUUGUAAGGCCUUCAAGCUGUUGGCUAUAUUCCUCAAUCUUUUGUGCCAGUGCAGUGGGUUUCACAUCUUUAUCAGACUUGCCCCUUACGGCAUAAUCGGCAGCAAUCAAAGCAAGCUUGGUAGACAAGUAACAUUUAAAACAAACCCAUUCGUUGGCAUUUUUAUGAAGGUCAUUUCUUGCUGCUGAAAAGUUUGCUCUAGCUUGCCGUAACCACCUACGGGCCUCAACGGGAUUUCCAACUGACUUGAAUGUAGGUGGCAUAAAAAACCGCUGGGAAUAUGAAGGACCUGUAGAAGAUGGACAUUUCUCUUUAGACUGUUGUCUUUCAGAUUUGUGACUUGUUGCUUCCUGGUUCCAUGAAGUAUAAAACCUUUGAAAUGAAAAUUUGUCUGAUUGAAAUCGAGAAGCUGAUGAUGAAAAUGUUCUUCUGGAUGCCCUAUCUGCAUUCUGGUCAAUAAAAGCCUGCUUUUCUAAUCUGUUGAUCUCAUUUUGUAAAUGCUUGAAAACUUCAUUGGCAAUAUCAAGGUUCUCUGCAUUUUUGUCUGGAUGCCACUUAAGAUACAGCCUUCUUAUGAUCUUUUUCCUUUCAGAUUCUGGAAGCUUCCAAGCUUGUUCCAUCACAGAUGUAACUUCCCUCAAAAUCUCUGAUAAAGAAUUUGCUUUAGCCUUUUUGGGAGAAUGAUGUUUAGAUGAAGAGGAGGAGGAGGAGGAGGAUUUGUGACUCUCUCUUCCAGGAAAAUGAGGAGGAAUUGUUCUUGGUCCAUGCGGUAGAAAUUCUGUGGGACUUGUUGGAGUAGAUGGUGCACUGCCCCUGCUCUGAGAACUUUCAUCAGGCCUUGAGAAUUUGUACAAAUCAAGAGAGCUCACUAUCUUGUACUCGCUGUAUCCAAUGUCAAUCUGAUAAAUCUUGCCCAGGAAACUGGAAUUUUCAUCAUCUUCCCUUUCUACUUCUUGCACAAUGAUAGCAUAUGUAUAGGUUGGAUGGUACGACCCAUAGAUAUCACCACCUUCAGCAUCAACAAGAUAGCCAACGUAUUCACCAGGAUAGAAAACAUUCAUUGGAUCCAUAAGAAGAGUAUAGUGGAUUUCAGUUGGUAUAGGAGUGCCAGGCAUAGGUAGUUCAAGCUUUGAUGGUUCUGAAGAGUCAUACUUCACACCUAAACUGUCAAGCUUCUCACUAAUUCUAUAAAUAUCAUUGCAACCCAACAUAGCAAUCAAAUAGGAUGUAUCAGAAAUCAGAUUAUCAGUUGCAGAUUUCAGGGUCAUUGCUAAUGCUAGAAGGAAAUUGAUGUCUUUGCUAUCUGAGUGCUGUAUAUAGAGCAAUAUUACUGCAUUUCCAUAUCUCUUUAAAAAGGCGAAUGUUUCACUUCUGCUGUGAGGAAUAGGAGCAAAACCUUUAACUCUCAGUGUUGUUUGCAACUUCUCAAAACAAGAAACUUUCAAGCCUUCUCUCAAGGUUUUGCAAAGUUUUAUGGCUUUCUCUUCAUUGGCUAAGAAUGCAUUGUCAUUUUCGUGUUUCAUAAUUCUAAUUAGUCCCGUGAUGAACUGUUCAGAAGACAGCAGUAACUGGAGCCUGCCUUGGAGAGAACAAAGUGCUCCAAACUGACAAAUUUUUGGUGACUCUUCAUCCAACUGCUCCUCAAGGAUACUGCUGAGGAGACGGGGUCGCAGCUUCUGAGGAAACAGCAUUAUCAGUUUGGUGUGAAAACCAUGGUCUUUUCCUAAGUAACACUGGCUAAGAUCAACAAGCAUUUGAACACCAAUGUUUCCUUGUAUUCUGCUUUUGUAAUGUGGGGCAUCAUCAAAAACUAAGAUGCUUGAUUUUACCAAUCUACCAUCUUGGCUUGGAAGAUAAAGAGCCAGAUCUCGCACAUUUUCAAGGUCAUUUCUAACCUUCACAGAAUCAUUUUGAAGGCUUUUAAACAGGCCAGAAACAACUCGUUUAACAGUACGCAUUUCAUUAGGAUCAAGCUGUUUUCCUUCAGAGUUCUUGAAGAUGCGACUCAGAACCUCAACAUACUGCUUUGUUGAAAUAACAUCUUCAGUGCCUAGGUGUUUAAAUAGUUGGUGGAAGGUGCCAAGUUCUAAUGGAAGUUUGUACAAGUAAGGUUUGAAGUCAGAUUCAUACUCAAGAUUUAUUACGACUUCCUCAGGCUUCAGCAGCUUCCAACCUUCUUCAACCAUCACAAAAGCAACCCCUCGAAGCUGAAACCGGAAUUCUCUUUUGUCUGUACUAAGAAAUUCAUAGAUGCUCCUUAGGACUUUAACCCUUGUUUUUACCAUAUCUUCAUCCAAAGUUGUUAUAUUACAUAUAUUUCUGCAGUUAUUUAUAACUUUGUCUAGAGGUGGGUCCAAGUUCACAUUAAGCAUAGUCAAAACCUGCUCAAGUUGUUCCUGUGGACCAAGACUGCUUCCUUCUUGUUCUUUGAUACUUAAAGGCGUAGCUUUUUCUGGAAGGAUAGGACACGAUGUCCAAAGGAGCUGCAAAACAUCACUCUGUUUGAAUUUUGGGUUUACUUGGGCUCCACUGAACUUUAUAAGAGGGAGUGUUCCAUUAACCUCUUGAUACUGUGGAUGGAAUCUUACAAUUUCUGCCGGAGCACGUUCUGGACACAAGAAUGCUAUUAAAGACAAUUCUUUAAGGAAGUUUCCAGAUAGCAAAUCAGUUCUUUCUUGAAAUAUGUGAUGAAGGAGGACAUCCACUGUAUUCUGCAGUGUAUCCUUAGUCCAGUUUUCAGUGUUGGCUCUCAUACUGAUCUCUUUAGCAAACUGCAGUAACUGCUGCUGGGAAAUUACAUAUUUUAGUCCCAUAUUUCGGAGAAAUGCUACCCAUGAUGCAAGGAAUGCAGCACGGUUUUUUGGUUUUGUGAGCUGCUCCAGUUUCUUAAAGAAGUCUUGGGGUAUAAACAGCUUUUCGGGAAGCAUAACUUCAAAAACUCUUACGGUCCUAUCAUAAAAAUGUUUUGCAGGUUUUAAUCUAUUGCACGCAUCAUGAAUUAUCAAAAAGCUCUCUAGCUUCUCAAACAGCUGUUCCUUUAUUUCUAAAGAUUCUUCAAUGCUAGAGAGCCUGUUCUUUAAGUAAAUCAGAUGUUCUAGUUUUGCAUCAUAAGACAGACUUUCAAUCUUUGGUAAAAGAUGCUUCAAAUAAACUUCAAGGUCAUCUACUGGAACACACCCAAGUACAGUGUACAGGUCUUUUAAAUGGAUUUUCUCUUCCAGAAAGGCAGCUGAAGAUGACUGUGUCCAUCUAUCCACUUCAACAGAGGGGAUAGUUCUUGUGAGUACAUAACAUGCUCCACAUUUUGAAAUGCUGAUGUAUCGUCCACUGAUAGAUUUGUAGCACGGAAGCAACCUCAAAAUUUUAAUGUCGUCCUCAGAUGUCAAAUGACUUAGGUUGCAGUUGAAGUACAUCAGGAGGGCCUCAAAAUCAUUCUCGGCUAAUUUUUCAGUCUUAAAUGUUGAUGUCUGAACCAUGUAAUGUAUGGCUUUUAAAAUGCUUGAAGGGUUGUCUAUAUUUGCUGUGUGUCCUGACAAAAGGGGCACUAGAGCAUUGUCCUUGGAGCAAAUUUUGUUCAAAGCAAGUUGAAUACAACCAGUUUUCAUCAAAGCAUGAAAAACUUUAUCAGUCUGAGAAUUUGGGAACAGAGCUAUAUGCAUGAGACUGAGCGGAAGCAGGACAUCGCAAUCUGGUACAACAAGCUGAUUAGAGGAUACGGUAAAUUUUGUACCUGGAAGCAAUGCCCAGUCCUUCAAAGUAUCAACAACAGCAUCAAAUGUUGGUUUUGCAUCUUCCUGGUCAUCUUUCACAUUUACAGAUUCACCAAUAAAAUGCCACGUGUUCUUCAGCCAUGAUUCACUUGCAAAAUUCUCCUUCCAUCUCACACAACCUCUGGUUUUGUAUUCUCUUGGCAAGACAGAAGGCAACAAAUCAGCAAAGCUGGUAAUAUCAAAGACUUUUGCUACAUUGCAUUUCAGUAAAAUAUUGCUGUACCGCAAGUACAGUGUGUUCAUAAACAGAUCUUUACGAGACGGAAUCAGUUCAUGAUAGGUAGUUAAGAAUUUUGGACGCUUUGAAUCAAAAAUUUGCAGUACACUAUCAAGUGUAAUGAGCAGAGGCAAUCCUUCAAUGAGGAUUUCAUUUUCUUCUGUGUCUUUAAAACAGUAGUCAACAAGAAGUUUUAAACUGUGGAAAAGCUUUAAAUUUGUCUGCUGAAGUCGACAAGGCAGCUUUCCAAUGUGGCAAUUAGAAUCCGGAGAGGAAAAUGUCAUCAAAAAUGAUCGGACAUCAGCUGAAGUCACAUAGCUCACUGGAAUAUCUGCAUCCACAAGACAGUGAUAAAGAUUUGCAGUUUCAUCACAGCUAUAGAUCAAGUUGAAGCCAAUUUCUAAGAGGAGAUGUUUGAGUCUAUACACAUUUUCUGCUACUGUUUUGCGUGUUGUAAUGUUGUACUCUACAUUUUUGAGGUGUUGCAACUCAUCUUGUAACAAAUUGUCAAAGAAUGGCCUAGCUUUGUUUGAGGUAGACAUAUUAACCCAUGUAAUGAUAAUUGCAGAAUGCAAAUCAGAGCCAUCGACAUUUGGAGCUCGCACAACAGGUAGGAGACGUUUGGAUUCCUCAUGAAUGCAGCUGUAAACUGCUUUCACUAAGCAAUACCAAUCAGGCUGCAGGUCAAGUCUGUUAACGGGGAAGAAGGACAGAAACUUUUUCAAAGUGUCUUUCACUGUAUGCAUAGAUGUGUUGUGUAGCACAGACACUGUUGGAUCGGUACCUUGAAAGUAACGUUUUUUCAGCUGAAUCAAAAGUUCUACAUAGGCCGGUGCAAUCAAUGCUGUCAUUAAACUAUUAUUCCAGUCACUUCGUACUCCAACUCCGUUAUCAUCACGCCACAGAUUUCGCCUGGCAGAAUCCAGGGCAAAGUGUCCAUUCACAUGAAAUGGUAACCCAGUUUCUAAGGACAGGGGUAAGAAACAAAAUGCCCUAUGAGGUUUUUUGUAGUUGUGAGUAAUACAUGCAGCAACUCCCCCUCGGGGGAAGAGAGUAAUGUCCUCAUUCUUAUGAGCUGAUACAACACUCUUGGAUACCUUUUCAAUGUUGGAAAAACCUGACCUGUUGCAAAUUAACCAGGCUGUGAGGUUACCUUCAGAGUCUUCAGUAUCCAUAGUGUAAGUGAUUUGUUGCACAGGUAUCUUGCUAAGCUCUUUCUUCUUAGUGACACUGUCAAUUACAGAAGCAUGGAAUUGCUUUCGUUUCAGUCUAUCGCCAUCAGUUACUUUUCCUGUUACAGAAUAUAACACAUUAAGUGCUCCUGUUGUUUUCUCUAUUUCACAAAUAGAAAUUUUUUCCAUGUGGUUCAAAAACAUCAAGAGUUCUGCUCCAUCUGUACGCAGCUUAUCUAGAAGAUUUUGCACCAUUCUGUCUGAGCAUGGCACUGGGGAGAUUUCGGACGUUUUUGCCAUUUCUGUAUUGCGAAGUGGAAAUCUAAACAUUGUGCAGUUUUCUAGUUUAAAGUGAUCUCCUAAAUAGAGAUCCAAGACAUCUGAGAACUGUGUUCUGAAAUCAGCAUCCAGGUCCCUGAACAUGCGUCCUGGACUAAUUGAUGUUGCACCUGGUGCAUAUCUGGCAUGAGGAUCAAAGAUACAAAGAAUAUCAUUACCAGAAAUGAAAGAAGGACAGUCAGUUAUGUGAUACACGGAAUUGAAGCCUAUACCAUACUGGCCAGUUUUACAUGGAUUGCCUUCUUUAGUGCCUUUUCCAAGAUUCUGAAUUCCUCUAAUGUCAUCUUCAGUAAAAGGCUGAUUGUUGAAGACGCACAGUGCAGGCCCUUGAAGUGGAGACCAUUUUUCAUCAAAUAUUCUAUCAACUGGAUGUUGUCUAGGAUCAAACACAAAGCAAACUUCUGUAGCUUUUGCAUCAUCCGCAUUCUGAAGGAGCUCUUUCAGCAUUUCUUUUUCUGAUGGAUAUGCAUUAAGAAUACUUUUAAUUCUGCUUGUCAGUUUUUCUUUCUGCCCAAAUUCAGUCCCAAGGGUAGUAAAACAAAUGUUUGAUGCAUACCUUUCUAAGGCUUUAUGUCGCUUGGGUACUGCUCCAAGCUUUACUGCUACUUCUCUAGGGAUGUCGGCAUGACAGUACUUUACAGUUGUAUCUUUCACUUUGAUCCAAGGGCAGUCAUUGUAACACAAAGUAUUAGCAUGUAGAAGGGCAAGAUGAGUAUCCGGUAACAAUAUCUCGCCAUACUGUUUUUCACAAAAUUCUUGCUUCUUUUCUCUAAUGAGGCCCCAUAUUCCUUCACUGAUGAUUCUUCUAGAAAGCUGGAAAUUUUCUUCAGUCAGUGGUUUAGUUCCUCUUUCCUCAUUAAUUAACUCAAGAACCAGAGCAAAAUCUUCUACUGUAAAAGCAUGACGCACGCCUACGCUUUCAAAUAGCUCACGAAAGCUGUUUCUGUAUUUAUUAGCCAGUUGAUGGAGAUAUGGCGCUGCCUCAAAGUUAAGAUGAAAAGACACCUUUGUGGGGUCAACAUAGCCAUUUUCAACAAGAAUGAAACUGCAGUUUUUCAGCUCUUCAAUUAUGAU